UCAACUUCUUAAAAAAAUAUAUAAAGACCAGCAAUAGUGUGCCUUAUCGAGAAGGUGGAGCUACAAGAGCCGGCUUCCCUCUCUUUCUCUCGGUUCUCUUUUUGUAGGCGGGCGACAUUCCUACUGUUCGGCAACGUUCUCGUUGGACACCAUUACGUUGGGUGCCGGAUGUAGAUUGGUCGUUCGAUGCCGCUCGGUAGGGGCGGAGCCUACUAGCAGAUCCCCACCAAACCGAGACUGUUGGUUUUGCUCCUCAGCUAGUAAACGCCAGAGUUACGUUGCCAGUUCAGUAUCGAUAUCGGACAAAACGCAUUCGUCGGAAAUUAGCAAUAACAUUCGUACGUUUCAUUCAGUGCCGUUUUCGUUAUUUGUGUCGCCAAGUGUCGUGAAUAUAUAACAAUUCACGUUAAUCUACAAUUUAUUGGUGACUUUAUCUGUGUUUAAAGAAACAGACGUUUGUUUAUUGUGUAAGCUUCCAAUUUGCAAGAACCGACAUGCCAUCAUUUCGUGACGACGUCAUCUCUGGAGAAUCCUCGAAUGUUAUCUCGAACCUCAGCAACAUCUCAAACAUGAUACCACAUUACAAUCAAACGAGCCUUGCAUAUCGCCAACAGCAGCAACAGGUCGCUGAUAACCAACAGCAACAUCAACUGUUAAUGCAGCAAACGCAUCAGCAAACACCGGCGCAACAGGUCCAGCCACAUACCGCGGUUGCGGUUGCGGCUCCCGCCACCAUUGAAGGAACCCAAUACUGGUAUGGAUAUUCAUCCAGAGCCAUACCCGCGACGCCGGCGUUGCAUCCUCAACAUCAACCAAGUCCAAUUCCUCCGCAAUUUUUUAAUCAUCCAGAAAUGCUACCCGGAUGGCACUACACGACACAAUACUCGCCAUAUCUACAGUAUCAACCGCAACAUCUGCAUUUUCAAACACAAUCACAAUCGCAGCAUCAUCAAACGCAAGAACUGGAGCAACAUUCACCGUCAGAACAACGCAUUCAGCAACAUUUGUCACAGUCACAUCUGCAGCACAGUUCACCGCCUGAACAACUCUAUCAACAUCCGUCUCCACAGCAGCAUCUUCAACACAAUUCGCCGCCCCAACAGGUCUGUCAGCAGCAUCCAUCACCCCAUCAGUUGCAACAAAAUUCGCCGCCUCAACAAAUUUGUCAGCAACUGACCACUUCGUCGCCACAGCAGCUGCAGCAAAAUUCUCCACCAAAUUCACAACAGCGCAUUCAGCAACGGUUGCCAAAACACCAGUUGCAGGAAAAUUCAUCGCCGCAGUUCUUCCAACAAAAUUCACCGCCACAAUAUCUCCAGUCACAAGCACCAUCGAGGGACCAGGAAUAUGAAAAUAUCUACAGACGACGGAUGUUGAAAUGGAGCAUCAAAAACAUGAAUAUCGAUGUGACGAUCCGCAAUCAAUACCCAUCAGCGACCACAAGAAUGAACGGCAAUGUAGAUGACAAUAUGAACGGCAGUUUAAAUGGUAGUCUGAAUGGUAGCAUGAGCGGCAGUAAUCACAGUAACAAUAGUACUUCUCCUACAACACCACCGAAUUUCCAUAUCGCAUCGUACGAUGACUUGUCCUGUACGCCUCGCAACAUGAAUCUAUCAUCGACGUCUGGUAAUAUAAACCUGCUGCCUACAGGCAUGAAUCUGCCGUCCACGUCCAGAGAAAUGCUGUCUACGUCAAGACAUAUACCGGCUACAUCUAGAGAUGUGCCGUCUACGAGAGAUAUGCCAUCCACGUCUAAUAGAGAAAUACCAUCCACCUCAAGACGUCACCCAUUAUACACACAAAGAAUCCAGGGAAGAAGAAGUCCAUAUGAAUGGAUGAAAAGACCAUCAUAUCAAAGUCAGCCUAAACCAGGAAAGACUCGCACAAAAGACAAAUACCGAGUGGUCUACACGGACUAUCAAAGACUAGAGCUGGAGAAAGAAUUUCAUAUGAAUCACUAUACCACUAUCAAACGCAAGGCGGACCUCGCUCUUCAACUCGGUCUCACGGAACGUCAGAUAAAGAUCUGGUUUCAAAACCGACGGGCGAAGCAGCGGAAGCUGGCGAAAAAGCAGCUAGAGCAAAUAAGAGAGCGGCAGAUGAGAUCGCAAGACGUUGUGGCGGCAGCAGCCAACUCAUCGGUGGAGGUGGUGGAGGUGGCUGGUGGAAUGAUGGGUUAUGCUGCCAGCGGAACGGAGAUGGGUGGGAUGCUGGGCGGACCCCACGUUGGUCUGAUGCAGGCCAACGAGAGCACCACCUCCGCGCCGCUUUCAGCGACGCCGACCACGUCGACGUCUCUACCCACGUCCACACCUUUACCCACGUCUCUGCCCACGUCGCAGCUUACGUCGCAGUCCACGACGCUGCCUAUGCAAUACCCGGGUCAUUCUAAUCCAAUGUAAAGGUAUACCCGCUGUGCCGAGGAUUCCGAACUCCCCCGGAAGUUCGAACGAGGUGGGACGAUGGAAGCGGGAUGAUGAGGUAUCCACCGUCUAUCACAAUUUCGAACGCAACGUACAAAGAGUUCGCAAGCAGGCAUGCAAAUGGACGCCGCGGCGUAGGAUAAUUAAGACGCGUAAAGUAAAUGUAGCUCUCACACAAUACACAACGGCCUGUGAUAAACGACCGUUGUUAUAAACAACGGAUCGUUCGUGGCGUACAGCUCGUGGAAAACUGAUCUCACUAAUCUCUCGUCGGGUACACGUCCACGGCGAUCCCCGUUAAUAUGACGGUCGUGCUUUCGAUAUUUUACGUUCUACAUGCUCGGCACCGUUAAUUCCGCAAGAGCCUAAGCCGAAAGUGAAUGUCGAAUAUAGACUGCAUGGAUGCCUUCGCACUUGGCAUUUCGUUCGAAUAGAAUCUAGACGUAAACACCUGCGUCGUGUAUUUAGAUAUUCAUGCAGCCUACUAUAUGAUAGCGUUUCGUAAUUGUACCUGGAUAUUAGGGGUGAUUUGAGGGAAAAGGUUAAAAAUAGAGAGUUUGUUUGUUCUCGUUAAUGGGGAGAUCCGACCGUCUGCGCGAAUCAAGAAUUGCCCGCAUAGUCUGAACGUUAGUUUUAAGAUAGAGACAGUAGUAUCCGAAAAUGAUCGAGUUAUCCGAACAAAUAUAUGAACUAUUUGGUACGGCAUACAAAGAGCUUCUUUGUAAGUAAUUUACAGAGAAAAAUGCGCCACAAUUAUGACAUUGCAUGGAUUUGUUCUCCAUCGGCACGAAACGACACGUCGUAAAUUUUAUUUGCCCCUCAUUGUCUGAGUUUCUGCUACGAGUUUCUCUACAUGCACGCAUAUUAUUCUAUAUAUAAAUAAAUAUAUUUAAAAUGUGUUAUUUUGUAUAUAAAUAAUACAGUGCGUGUGGCACCCUAACAGCUGAAGAGUUAAUUGGGCUCGGAUCGGAUUCAACUCAAUUGAAUUUAAAUUCAAUUUAUUUUAAAGAGAUCGAAACCGAACGCUGGAUGCUCGAAAAUUUUGGAUAUCACUCGUGAAUCACUAGUCACAACGUAAUUUACGGCGCGCGUAAAUGCGAGGUGCGCACUAACGUGCACGUGGCGACGGAACGUAUACAUGCUGGACAUAAAAAAAAGGUGAAAAGUGUGCGCAUGACAUCACACAAAUUUCACACCUCUUUUUUCUAAUUAUUUCGAUUGUUAGCUUUCUUUUUGUAUCGACAUUAUCCGCGCGUGCGAAAGCAUAUAUUUUCUUGCGUAUACUGUCGUUGCGCGCGCGCGUUUUUUUUCUUUUCCUUUUUUUAUUUUUUUUUUUCUGGACAAAUCGGUAAUCUUAGUCAUGCCUGUAACUCCAUGAGAACUAUUAUACCGAGUACCAACGUUUUUUUUUUAUCGCCGUAGCGUGAAAGCUAUUGAGUGCUUUCAGCUUCGAUUAUAAUGAACGAAGACGGAGGAAAUAAUGGUACAUAAAUUGCCAUUUGCGUACGACGAUCGGGUUGCCACGGCUUCAGCUAAGCAUACCCGUGAACCGUUUUCGUUAUUUGUAAAUAUAUUUGUUGUAAAUACAGUUGUAUAUAAAUUAAGUUAAGAAAGAUACGUGCCUUAAGGUAAGGUAUAAGUCGAAUGAAUGGAUAAUGUCGAUAUGAAGAUAAUUAUUUCUAAUUCGAUACCUUAACGUAAUAGCAUAAUAUAAUAGUGUUACAUUUGUUAAUAGUGAAGCAAGUAUAUUGCUUGGAUAUUACGAUAACAUCCGCGAAGUCUAUAUUUUCCCUAGACUCUUCGUAUAUUUCUUAUAGCGAAUAUAUUUACACAAACGUAAAGUGGCGAUCACUUCGACAGUACGCUGUCCUCGCAAUUUUAAAAUUAGCAAAUAACAUUGUUCAUUGUUUUGUAACAUGAGAAAAAUAGCGAUGUAUAUAUUUAAAUCUUCGAUAUAACAAUUAAGAAUAAAUCUUGUCCGUUAUAAACCUUUUUUUAUCUAUAUUCUAUAAGAGCGCUUUUUAUGCUGCAAUUCAGAAAUUGUCCAGUUUUGUUUUGGACUAUAAUUGUUGUAACAAUCCUCUUUUUUUUAUGGACAAAAAAUCCUGCAUUUUUAACUCAGUCUUUUUUUAAUACAAAGUAAUAUUGUUAAAAAUAAUAUUUAUUAAAAUGUGAUUCUGUCCAGUAUUUUCUAAUAAUAACGUAUUGUAAUAAUAUAGUGUUUCUUUUGUAAAUAGCCACGUAUAUUCCCGCAAUGAAACUAACAAUAAGCGGAAUUUUCAAUUGUCCGAGCCAUCUCUUCGUCAAUUCGUAAUAAAUUAUAUAUCUUUUACUCGCCUCUUGAUAAAUCGUAUUUAAACAUUUACAACUUUAUACAAAUUGAUAUUUUGCUCUGUAAUAAAAAAAAAUUGACUCACCAUUCGAUCGCCGUGCUGCUCCUCGCUAUCACGCGCAAUUCAUCUGAUCGAUUAAUCCGAAGCAUGA